AGCUGGUUUAUUGAUUUUAUUAUCGAUUUUUGACAACAUGCGCGCACCGGUUUAAAUUGUUAAUCAAACAAGGCCGAAAGAAUUGAGAGAAAAAUCGAAAAGAUUGGGAUACAAAAGUGUCGUGAGAGUCUCCAGCAAAUUUCCCACGACCUAUACAGUACCUGAUGGGUAUCACUACCAAAAAGACAAACCACGAGCCUGCCUAGUACCUACCCCCCCGCCAAGGAAUUUGUCCUACAAUUUAAGUAACAGGCGAAGUAAAGUAAAUGUGCUUUUGGAGUAUCAACUCUUAUCAUCGGAUAAAUUGGAUUCGAAUGGAAUCGCAGCACAUUCUACGACAAAGCUGUGAUCGUUUCAACGUCUUAAACGGCGAUGAGAAUCAUCCCUUUCAUCUACAACAGCCCAGAACAUAUUUUAUCAAUUAAUAAGUCACACUUAGGGUACGGUCCAAAAUUUACUCCAGUUACUGUUUUUACCGAAAGUAAUUUUGUGGCGGUUAUAAAAUUGCUGACAUUUACUGCGAAUGCUUCUUUAAAAUCUUGCAACAAUCAAUACGCAUGCAUGAGAUUUACUGCAAAAUGCUCAUGUUGCUUCUACCAAUUUGGUGGUAAAAGCUGAGUAAACUGAGUAAAGGUUGUAGUAAACAUAAACAAUGCGACUGACACUAAAUAAUGCUGCAUCCAUGACUAAGGGAACUUUCCUUCUACGCAAAUUUGUUACUGCAAUAAACUCUUCAUCAUCGGAGCUACUGCUUUCUAAUAUAUUUUGGAUAACGUUAUGCAGAACAAUAAAUUCAUUAAUGGCCCCCAUUUCGGAAUAACAGUAAACAAAAUUUCACACCUCAAUAGUAUAAUCAUUCAUGGGCUGUUUAUAAAGUAAACAAACAAAUGCGAGGUUAGAAUUUGCUCAUGAUCCUGAUGUUGAGCUAAAGAUUGGUUAAAAAUAAAAUUUUACUGUAAGCAUUUGUAGUAAAAUAUAAUUUUAAACCGAGUUACUUCAAUUGCAAUGCUCCAAAUGCACGUAAAUUGUAGAGUAGAGUAAAUUUUCGACCGUACCCUUAAUCUGAUUCUUGAGUUUACUUUGAAAACAAUCACCUGUUGAAAUGCAAGUGAUAAGGAAAUCAAGAGAGAUUGUGGAAGAAGUGCCGCAAUGGCUGAACGAAUUGGGAUGCGAAUCCUGGUACCCGAUAAGGGCCCUCCCUGUGCCUGUCGCAUUUUGUAAAAUGUUUACAACGAGAGUGCCUUUUUACUUGGUUUGCUUAUGACUAGCUAUCCUUGUUCGUAAAGAUGGCAGGUGUCAGAGAAGAGAUGUCAACAACGAGGGUAUUUACAGUGAAGAUCGGUUCCCAAUCCUUGGCAGCAAGCCAAAUGGAAGUGGUAAAGUUGGUGGCCUUGCUACGGGUAAAGGUUUCGUCAAACUGAUGCAGUGGAACUGUUUGUACAGCUAAGAAACGUAGGUCUAGCGCACAGAAUGAAGUUUAACGAAGUAACGCAGAAUUGACACUCUUCCCGGAAGUACCAGGAUAUACAAUUAAAUCGUCAUAAUCGUAGUAUGAAUGUUCUGCAAGUCAGUGAUCAUUUCUCGGCAUUAAAUGUUGAAUUGAACGCAGCUAACAUAACCUACUUCAACGGGUUAAUAUGAAGGGUAGCAAAAUAACAAGAGCCCUAUCGUGCCUGAUAAAUAAAUCGGAAACUAAAUAUACCGCAGCAAGUUGUUUUAUUAUAAACCGUCGAUACAAAGAAGUGGAUUCCGCCUUGACAUAAGCCUCAUGCCUGCUCGAAGGGGGCUUCUAGCGCCCCAAAACACAUUCUUGGAUACGAUUGCGACUCGAUUUGAUGGAACACAUAGCAACUUUGUUCUUGGUAAUGCGCAAGUACCGACACUAUAUCCGAUUGUGUAUUGUUCCGAUGGAUUUUGCGAACUUACUGGAUUUACGAGGGCUCAGAUUAUGCAAAAAGGAUGCGCGUGCAAGUUUUUACACGGACCGGAGACAAAAGAAGAGCACAAGUCCCAAAUAGACCUAGCUUUAGAAUCAAAAAAUGAACUAAAAUUGGAAGUUAUAUUUUAUAAACGAAAUGGUACUCCAUUCUGGUGUUUGCUUGACGUUGUCCCCAUCAAAAAUGAGAAGAGAGAAGUGGUGUUAUAUUUGGCAUCCCAUAAAGACAUCACUCAUACAAAAAUGGCAGAAUUAUCCGAGAGCGAACUUUACGAUAGCGCUGCUGUACUUGGAGCACGAUUCCGUGGUGCUGACUCUUGCCUCCUUGCAGACGCAAAUGGGGAUUUGGAUCCGGAAGCACCUCCUUCAAAUUAUGGACGAAGAAGAUCUCGAGCCGUUCUGUAUCAGUUAUCUGGUCAUUACAAGCAAGACAAAAUUAAAACCAAACUUAAGCUUAAUAACAAUCUCCUGAGUUCGACCGCCGCUCCACUUCCCGAAUAUAAAACGACAUCUGCGAAAAAAAGUAGGUUUAUUUUAUCGCAUUAUGGAACGUUUAAAACCUGCUGGGAUUGGUUAAUUUUAAUGGCAACUUUUUAUGUUGCCGUCGUCGUGCCCUAUAACGCAAGUUUCGUUAAUUCUGGAAGACCUUCGGUCAUUAUGGAUGUCGUGGUUGAAGGAUUAUUUUUCUUAGACAUACUUUUAAAUUUUCGAACAACUUUUGUAAGUAGUAAAGGCGAAGUUGUAUCAAACUGGAAGGCGAUUUCCCUUAAUUACUUGCGAACCUGGUUCAUCGUUGAUUUAUUUGCGGCGCUUCCAUUCGAUCUCCUGUACGCACUCUACGGCGGAGAGAAGAGCGGGCCGUCGCAUACGCAUUUGAUAAAGUUAACAAGAUUAUUGCGAUUAGCUCGCUUGUUGCAAAAGAUGGAUAGGUAUUCGCAGUAUAGUGCAAUGAUUUUAACUUUAUUGAUGUUGUCAUUUACGUUAGUUGCACAUUGGUUAGCGUGCUUAUGGUAUGUUAUCGCCGACAAAGAGAAAGAAAGAAAUGACAACAAUUGGGAUUUGGGUUGGAUCCACAAUUUGGCCGAAAAACUAAAAAUCUCGGUGGAAAACGUCUCCCACGCUGAUUCCUAUGUUACCGCUCUUUAUUUCACAUGUUCAAGUUUAACCAGCGUCGGUUUUGGUAAUGUUAGUGCGAAUACAACGAACGAAAAAAUUUUCAGCAUAUGCACGAUGCUGAUUGGAGCGCUCAUGCAUGCGGUAGUUUUUGGGAAUGUGACGGCUAUAAUACAACGAAUGUAUUCGCGACGUUCACUGUACCAAACGAAAUGGAGGGAUUUAAAGGACUUUUUAACAUUGCACCAAAUUCCAAAGGAAUUAAAGCAACGCAUUCAAGAUUACUUUCAAACAAUGUGGUCUUUAAACCAUGGAAUUGAUAUACAAGAUACGUUAAGGGAAUUUCCUGAAGAACUACGCGGCGACGUGUCUAUGCAUCUCCACAGGGAAAUAUUGCAACUCCCGAUAUUUGAGGGUGCUUCUCAGGGCUGUUUAAAACUUCUUUCGCUUCAUAUCAGAACGAACUUUUGCGCGCCGGGGGAAUAUUUAAUACAUCGAGGAGACGCACUUAACUAUAUAUACUAUAUUUGCAAUGGAUCGAUGGAGGUUGUUCAAAACAACAUGGUCGUUGCAAUUUUAGGAAAAGGAGAUCUGGUGGGAAGUGAUAUCAGUAUUCAGUUACAAUUUUGUACAAAUAAUCCUGGAGCAAAUGUCGGUGGUGCUUCGGUUCCUAGUGAUUGUAUAAUAAAAUCUAGCAGCGAUGUUCGCGCUCUUACCUAUUGUGAUUUAAAAUGCGUACACACGCCUGGCCUUAUUGAAGUGUUACGUUUGUAUCCUGAGUAUCAGCAGGAAUUUGCUAAUGACAUCCAACAUGAUCUCACCUUUAAUGUAAGAGAAGGAUACGAAGCCGAGCAAGAGUCGGACGUUAACGGCGUCCCAUCGUUAACGUUACCAUCCAUAAGUGAAGAUGAUGAAAAUAUGCACGAAGAUAGUGAAACCUCUCCCUUGUCUCCAAAUCGUUCUCCUUUACAUAUGAUCAACAGUAGUCCUCGCCAUGGCAAAUUAAACUUGAGGUUGCAAGAAUAUCAUGAAAACACAAUAAAAAACCGUCCACGAAUGGGAGGCGUUGCAACAAAUCACCUUGCGUUUUUAAGAGAAAGAGUAGAAAGACAAAGGAGUGUAGUUGUUUCUAAUCAUAACAGUAGCAUCACAUCCGAUUCUUUGGAGGGGCUUAACUGCGAAUUACGAAGCGAUGUAGAAAAUACACGCAGUAGUGUGGAGAGAUUAGAUAACCAAGUGAUAUCCUUGCACCAAGAUGUUGCUGCUUUAAGCGCUGAGGUACGGAACGCUAUUCAAGCACUUCAAGAAAUGACAACACCGACAUCGGAAACAUUUAAAUGUUAUCCCGCCCACUCAAAUCCAAAUAUUACAAGAUUUCCCCAUAACGAAACCAAUUCCAAUGGAACAUUGGCACGAAGUUCAUCCCAUCCUCCUGAAAUGUUUUGUUGGGAGGAUCCGAUAAUACGCAGGUCGCCUCAUCAUCAAGAUAUCGCGUCGUUUUUCGACGCGACAACCCAAACCGAUACCGAUACUUUACUGUAUCAGUAUAUAACUGACAAUCCAUAUAAAGUACUGGUAAUGUUAGGUUUAGAUCCGGAUAAGGUAGGUUACGCUUUACUAUGUAAAACUAACAUUAAGAAAAGUCACACGUUUCCGAAUGAUAUGUUUAAGAAAGUAUGGAAUGAAAGUACGGGUGAUAAAAGUACUAAGGCUGAUGAUAAAAGCGUAGGUGUGAUAAAUAAUGUUAAAAUUCAGAAAACUUGCCCUUUUUUCUGGAAUGCAACCAAUACAUAUUCGCCAUUAAAAUCCAAUGUGGACGACGUUUCAAAAUUACGGCAAUACAAUAAUUCGUAAACGAAGUAAAUAAAUCAAAAAAUAUUGUCAAUAUUUCAAUAAAUUCUAACAAUUAUCUAUCGCCGAGUAUAGCUUUUUGUUUAAUCAUAGGUACAAAAUUCUAAUUAGGUAAAUGUUGCAUUAUUAUUAUAUAUAGUAGGUAGGUAUAUUGUAAGAAGAAUAUGUUCAUUAUUUUUCAAACGGUGAAUUAGAUAAUUAAUCUGGGGGAUGGGCCGUCUCGGAAUGUAACAAAGAGACUGUUCGUGAUAUCAAUAUUGAGAUUUCAAAUUCUCAAACGGACGGAAGGACCGAAUUCACGCAUAUAAUUUCUGUAAAACUGAACUUAUUUUUAAAGAUCUUUAUAAUUUGUCGAUACCAACAUAUCAUGUUAAAAAAUCGAUUAAUUAUGUAUAAACAGUUUAUGAAUUUUAACAAUAAAAUGGUGCGACUUGAAGACUGUAGGGCGGGUUUAGGCUGGUGAGAGAAAAUAAAUCUCGCUUAUUUUUGCCUUUUCUUACAGAUCUAGGCAAUUGCUUUGAAAAAUAUAAACAAAUCAAGUAUUUUUAAUGCCGAUAACUUUUGUUUACACAUAAGAUUAGAUAUCUAUACUCUGCUAUGCGGGCUUAAUUGGUUAUGGCGUAAAGACCGUUUCAAAAUCCAUCCUUUGUAAAACAAUUUACCGUUUUUAUCGGAUAUAAGAAGGAAUGGUUGUACGGAACAAAUUUCUUUGUUUUUUCUCACACAUCAGUGUAUGUAGAUUUUUGUAAAGAUAAAAAUUACAAAUCUGGACAUAUCAUUACCUUUAAAUCUUAAAAUAAUAGAACUGCGGGAACAACAAAGAUUACGUCUUUAGAAACAGAUUUUUGUAAUGGAUACCUACAGUUUGAUUCAUAUCACAAAGUGAAAAAUAUACUUCUAAAUAUGUAUAAUUUUUUUCGAAUAGGUACUUGUAUUGUUUAUUUUUUCCCUAUCUUGUAGUAAACAAAAA